UGCGUGUCGGUUUUUUCUCUGUUUUUAAGCUAUCCAAUAAGAUAAAUACAUGCACAUAAUAGUUUUCGUGUUAACAGCUGUAUUUUCAUAAAUAAAAUAGUUGUUAAUUUAUUAAACCAAGCACAACACUGCAAUUCAAACGGAAGCAGGCAACUGUCUACGCAUCAAAAUACAAAUUGUAACUAUACAUAGUGUAAAGUGUAAAAUCAACAACAUUUGAAAACAUUUUGUAGUUUUGGCCAAAAGCAAAAAUUUUGUAAAUCAUAAAAACAUAAUUUAAGCAAACAUCUGUUUGUAAGAAAAUAACGGGCCCGGUCGCAAAUCGCAAUCAUCCCCCAGUUGCCACACCUGGUAAACGCAAAAUCUGUGCAACGCCAACGCAACAGCCGCCGCAGCAGCAGCAGUAGAUUGGAACGCUCUUUGCACAUAUAUAAUUUGCGAUUUCAUUUUGAAUUGCAAUAAGCAGUAGCCGCGCAGCUGCAAGCAAAAGUCAAACAUGGUGGAUUUCCGUUUCGAUAUUAAACCGCUGUUUCCGCAGCAAAUUAUCAAAGUCUCAUCAAAUCUAUUGCCGCACACCUUUCGAGGUGAUCGGCGUCAGUGCUUAGAUGCCACCUCGAAGAUGUCCGAAAUAAUUGAUCGACUGGGCCAACUAUCGGCCGUAUCGCAAGGCCUUACCAAGCCGGUAACCUCAGCUCAACGCUUGCGCACGUCGGAGAAUCAAAAUAUAUAUCUGCUGGCAGAUCCCGAUGCUGGACAAAACGGUGUUGUUACUGGGCUGCUUAAGGUCGGCACCAAGGAUCUGUAUUUGUUCGAUGAGCAGGGAGUAACGCGCAAGAUGGAACAGUCGCCUUCGAUUUUGGACUUUUAUGUGCACGAGUCACGUCAGCGCGCCGGCUUGGGCAAGCAUUUGUUUGAGACUAUGCUAAAGGAGGAGCAGUGGACACCACUCAAAUGCUCAGUGGAUCGCCCAUCGGAGAAGUUGUUGGCAUUCCUGGGCAAGCAUUAUGGCCUGGUGCGCACUAUACCACAAGCGAAUCAUUUUGUGCUCUACGAGGGCUUCUUCAACGGCCCGCAAAACGGCUCCAACAAUGGACACCAUGAGCCAGAGACCCCAGAGCGCGCCAAGAAUGGCUUGCAUAUCACAAACAGUCCUAACACACAACUCUUUGGUGCUACUUACCUGGGCAACGAUAACAUACGUGGUGGUCGUCGCAGCAGCGGCGCUGGCGCUAGCCACGGUCAGGCGCAGUCGACGGCGCUGUUGGAGCAAAUCGCACAGAUCUCUCCAACUGGACGUUAUGGUGCUCGACGUCCCACUUGCAGCAUGGCCGAGAUAAUUCAUGCUGGUGGUGCAAGUGCCAACAAGAGCGUUGGUGGAGGCAGCGUGGAGUCUAGCAGCGGCGACGACAUAGCACAGAUUGCUGCCCAAUUGCAACAAUUGCGGGCUGAAGAGGAACUGCGUGAGCCUGAGCUUGAUCUUGAGCCGGAGCCAGAAUCCGAGCCAGAGCCCGAACCCGAGCCAGAGUUAACACCACCAGCAGCUCAGACACCCACACCGCCGGGCAUGCGCUCUGCCGAAGAGCGCGCUGAGAGCAUCAUUGGUGAGAAUCGCAAGCCGCCGGCUUUCCAGCUGAGCAAGCAGCACACUGGCAUGAAGAAUCGUUCGUUUGGCGUGGGCCUGGCUGUCAUGCCCAGCAGCAAGAUGGAGUUUAAUCAGCAGGAGCGUGAAGAUUUCGGCGUGGUCAAGAUCAAUCGUCCGUUGGGCAAUGAGCUAACCUCACCACAAGACAAUACAGAUGCCAUGUCCACAGUAUCCUCUACUGGCGGCCUAACCGAUCAGGGUUACAAUGAUCUUAAGUUCUAUCACAAUAAAUUGUGGUAAAUCUAAAAUAUCAGCACAAAUUAUAAUACAUUGCUAAACGAACAGAUUUUGUACGUGUCUACAGUAACAAUUUAGCAUUUAAGAUAAAUAAUAUUAUUACUACUACCCCUAAGAGACAGCAACACAACGGUUCCUGUAAGCGCUUUAGUUGAAAUUUUGUUGUACUACGCUUUCAAUAUUUCUGGUUAUUACGUUCAUUUUUACACACCCAACCUACACAACACCACACAUGCA